AGGGCGGCUAUGUAUGCACAUCGCGGCGUGUGUGAUGAGAUAGUGCUGCACGGUGAUAUGAGUAUGCGAUCCAGUUCUAUCGAUCCAUUGGCCCGCAGAUGCACAGUUGGACGUAGUUGGAAGCAACGUCCAACUCCGUCCAAAAUCUACCAGGAUGCUAUUCGCAGAUGUCCCUCGGCUCUUCUAAGAUAAGAAAUCCAACAUUCUUAGGUAAGUUCGACAACGCAUUACUUCUCGAGAGAACAACUCAGAGAUAUCGAAAUCACGCAUAAGCCCCGCGGGAUAUCCAACAUAGCGGGGUAAACAGACCAUGCUGAAAGCUUUGAUGUCAUAGCGUGCAGCAACAGUUCGAAUAUGCAAAUAUUCUACCAAACGUUAUCUCCUAUGCGACAUAUUAUUCCUCUCCUAUCAUAAGUCCAUCAACCAGAAUAGAUAAGAGUCGAGAGACAGAGAAGUAUAUCAGUUUACGUUUGCGCUUUCAAGUUUGGUUCCUCAUCGUCAACGAAGAGUUCAGCCUGUGAGAGUCUGAACGAAACACUACACAAACAUCAUAUCAUCUCUUUUUAACGCUUCUCCAUGCAGCUCACCGUCACCUUCGAGUCAUCCAUCACCGACGAACAAGUUACCUGGGUCAAGGAAAGCCUCGCCGAAGCAGGCGUCCCAGCAGAGGAUAAAUCGCGCACGGAAACAUCGGUCACCUUCAUCGAUCCAAGCACAGUGACGUGCCAGAUAGCUGGUGAUCUGUGCCGAAAAUGGGUCGACGAGUGUAAGAGAGCCUUGGUAGAACAGGGCAGCGGGAAGUCACGUUAUGGAUAGUUACAUAGUAAGGCCCUCUAUUGAUACGAAGACUGAACGCUGACCCUCCUCCGAAGGUCUGCGUUCCUACUAUAUACGAUUCCGGGCGGGGUUCGGAGUGAAGACCUGUUGUAAUAUGUCACAUGAUCUCAGCACCACUUCCCCGCAAUUUCAGGCAGCAAUAGAUAGACAGGAAUACACACGCAUAUUACUCAACAGUUAUGAGCCCGGAGCAACUCCAAGACGCAUUUUGAAGCCUAUAGAAACCCGAACGGACCAAAAUCAAGUCCUGUGUCCUGGAGUCGAAAAAACCAUCAUUAUGGCGACCCUACAGAAGGCGGGGGUGGUCCUCACAAGCCCUAGAGACUGGGACGAGUGGAUAGAGACUAUCAAAACUGCUUCAAUGAAGGCAGGAGUAUGGGGGUAUAUCGAUCCAUCAAUCGAGGACCCUCCUACACUCCUACAGCCCGUUCGACCUAUUCCUGAGUUCGUACGGAGUGCCACGCAAGCUGGUGGUGGUGUUACUGCUCAAACAAGACCUGGAGUGUCAACAAGAGCUUCAGGUAGCCAGACCAUCCAACCUUCAGUAGAAGGCCAACAGCAAUUAACGCCAAUUACGUACGCAUCUCUUACAGAAGAUCAGAAGGAACAGCUUCAAAACCUACAAGCUGAUUUCCAAUAUGAGCGCAAGGUGUGGGAAAAGCAGGAGGAAGCAAUUCAGGGGCUUCGCUCUAAGAUCCAAGAAACCAUCAAACGCGACUUCCUACCCUAUACUGUAACGCUGACUUCUAACGAUAGAAGACACAGAGGUUCUCUUGCGUAA